AUGGUUAGAUCUGAGCUUGCAGAAGAAGUUGCUUUGAAUCCAGAGCUUUAUGGAUUGAGAAGAUCGCAUAGAGAGAGAAGGGGUCCAUCGAUAAUUGAAAGCGAUGGCAGUGACUCCGAGGUGGUGAGGAAACCGAAGAAGAGUAAGACGACGACAAAGAAGAAGGCAGCUCGUGACUAUGACAGUGAUAUGGAUGAGGAUGAUGGGGACGAUGAAGAUGAUAAUAUUGACGAUGAUGAGGAUGACGAAGACGAAUACUAUGAAGGAGCCAGGACCAAGAAAAGAAAAUCCGCUGCAGUGGGUACAAAAUCUAAAAAGAAGGCACGUCCCACGAAACAACUAACCCCGGUGCUACCAGCUGAAAUCAGAUUCUCUUCUAGAAACGCCAAACAAGUGAAUUACUUGGUGGACGAUGAAGAUAAUGAGGAUUUGCUUGAGAGUGAAGAUGAUGACGACGAUAAUAACGAUUAUUACUACUACCAGCAAGCGAUCGAGCUGGAAGAGCCAGAGAAGGGGAUCGACCAGGUGAUGGAUCACAAGAUAAACGAAGAGAAUGCAACUCUCACUGAUGAUCCUAAGUUGGACCACUUGUUCUUAAUAAAAUGGAACGAUUCAUCACAUGUGCAUAACACCUGGGAAAGCGUAGCGAGUCUCAAAAGCUUCAAAGGGUUCAGAAAGGUGGAAAAUUAUAUCAAGCAGUUCAUUCUUAUUGACCAAGAGAUAAGGUCAGACCCGUUGACUACCAAGGAAGACUUGGAAGCUAUGGACAUCGAAAGAGAGAGAAAGCGUGACGAGAUCGAAGAGUUCACUCAAGUAGAAAGAAUCGUAGAUAGUGAGAGAGUAGAAUUGCCCAACGGUGAGAGUCAAUUGCAAUACUAUUGUAAAUGGAAGAGACUAUACUACGACGAGUGCUCAUGGGAAAAUGCAGAAGAGAUUGCGAAGACUUCACCAGAACAAGUUGCUAAGUACCAGCAAAGACUUAACUCCAAAAUUUUGCCAAAUUUGUCAGCAAAUUAUCCUCUUAGUCAAAGGCCCAGAUUUGAAAAAUUGGUGAAGCAACCACUUUUCAUCAAAAACGGAGAAUUGAGAGAUUUCCAAUUAACAGGAUUAAAUUGGAUGGCAUUCUUGUGGUCCAGGAAUGAAAACGGUAUCUUGGCAGAUGAGAUGGGUCUCGGUAAGACAGUUCAAACUGUGGCCUUUUUAUCGUGGUUAAUAUAUGCCAGAAGACAGAAUGGUCCACAUUUAGUUGUGGUACCUCUUUCCACAAUUCCUGCUUGGCAGGAAACAUUUGAGAAAUGGGCCCCAGAUGUCAACUGUAUUUAUUAUUUGGGUAACACUGAAUCAAGGAAAAACUUGAGAGAGUAUGAGUUCUAUUUACCCAAUAAGAAACCCAAAUUCAAUAUCUUGUUGACGACCUAUGAGUAUAUCUUGAAAGAUAGAUCUGAAUUGGGACAAAUCAAGUGGCAAUUUUGUGCAGUCGAUGAAGCUCAUAGAUUGAAAAAUGCUGAAUCUUCCCUUUAUGAAUCAUUGUUUUCGUUCAAAUGUACAAAUAAAUUACUUAUAACUGGUACUCCAUUACAGAACAACAUCAAGGAAUUGGCCGCAUUGUGUAAUUUUUUGAUGCCUGGAAGAUUUCAAAUCGAACAGGAAAUUGAUUUUGAUACCCCAGAUGAUGACCAGGAGGAAUACAUUAAAGAAUUACAACAAAAGAUUCAACCUUUCAUUUUAAGAAGAUUAAAGAAAGAUGUCGAAAAGUCUUUACCUUCCAAGACAGAAAGAAUUUUGAGAGUGGAACUAUCUGACUUGCAAACAGAAUACUAUAAAAACAUUAUUACCAAGAAUUAUCUGGCUUUGAAUGCUGGUAAUAGCAAUGGUUCUCAAAUUUCUUUGUUGAACGUCAUGAGUGAAUUAAAGAAAGCUUCCAAUCAUCCCUAUCUUUUUGACGGGGCUGAAAAUAGAGUAUUGGCCAACCAAGGUGUUUCCCAUUCCAGAGAUAAUAUAUUAAGAGGAAUGAUUAUGUCUUCAGGAAAAAUGGUCUUGCUAGAACAAUUGUUGACAAGAUUGAGAAAGGAAGGCCACAGGGUCUUAAUUUUCUCACAAAUGGUUAGGAUGUUGGAUAUAUUGGGAGAUUACAUGGCCAUCAAGGGUUAUCCCUUUCAGAGACUUGAUGGUGGGAUUCCAUCUUCUCAAAGAAGAAUCUCAAUUGACCAUUUCAAUUCAGAAGGUUCCAAGGAUUUUGCAUUUCUACUUUCAACUAGAGCUGGUGGAUUAGGUAUUAACUUGAUGACUGCUGACACUGUUAUUCUUUUCGAUUCUGAUUGGAACCCGCAAGCUGAUUUACAAGCCAUGGCCAGAGCUCAUAGAAUUGGGCAAAAGAACCAUGUUCUGGUUUAUAGAUUUGUAAGUAAAGAUACAGUGGAAGAAGAGAUAUUAGAACGUGCUAGAAAGAAGAUGAUUUUAGAAUAUGCUAUCAUUUCCUUAGGUAUUAUUGACCCAUCUUCUAAAAAGGGUGGAAAGGGCGCUGAUGGACUUUUAAGCAAUACGGAGCCAUCGACUAAUGAAUUAUCUCAAAUCUUAAAAUUCGGAGCAGGAAAUAUGUUCAAGGCGAAUGAUAACCAAAAGAAAUUAGAAGAAUUGAAUUUGGAUGAAGUUUUAGAUCAUGCUGAAGAUCAUAUAACCACUCCAGAAAUCGGUGAAUCCAAUUUGGGAUCGGAAGAAUUCUUGAAGCAAUUCGAAGUGACCGAUUAUAAGGCUGACGUUGAAUGGGAUGACAUUAUUCCACAAGAUGAAUUAACCAAAUUGAAGGAUGAUGAAAAAAGGAAAGCCGAUGAUGCCUUUUUACAGGAGCAAAUAUCUAUGUAUUCUAAGAGAAGAGCAGCUGUCAAAUCACUUCAAGGAGAAGAUGAAAAUACCACCAACAAUAACAGUGAUUUCGAUAGUGAUGCCGAAAACAGCAAGAGAUCUGCUAGAAGGAAAAGAAACACUGAAAACCAUCAGCUUUCUGAAAAGGAAAUCAGAGGAAUUUAUAGAUCUAUGCUUAAGUUUGGUGAUCUUGCAGGAAAAUGGGAACAAUUAGUGGAAGAUGGAAGUAUUUCCAAUAAAAAUCCUGUAUUAAUCAAGCAUGCUUAUAAUGAAAUCAUCAACAUUGCAAAAAAUCUUGUUAAAGAGGAGGAGGCUAGAAGAACCAAAGCAUUAGCUGAGUUGGAAAAAUUGGCAAUGGAACUGAAAGAUAAAACAACAGUAAAUCCAGAUGGUGCUAAUCCGAUGGCCCUCUGGGUUGCGAAAAAGAAAGAAAAGAAGGCGGUACUAUUCGAAUACCAAGGUGUUAAGAAUAUCAAUGCCGAGCUUGUCUUGGUAAGGCCACAGGAUAUGAGUAUAUUGGAAUCAUUAAUUCCGAAGAACAAUCCGACUUCAUUUGAAAUUCCUAAAGCUCCAAAAGCUGUUAGUCAGUGGACUUGUGACUGGACUAUUAAAGAUGAUUCCAUGUUACUAGUCGGUGUCUAUAAGUUUGGUUAUGGAUCUUGGGUUCAAAUAAGAGAUGACCCAGUUCUUGGUUUACAAAAUAAGUUAUUCCUAGAUGGACCAAUCACCAAACCUGUAGCAACCAAACCAGCUGGCGACGAGGUUGAAGUUUCGGAAGCCUCUAUGAAUGGUUCAGUUGUUGCCAAUGGAAACACUGCUGAAGUAUCCGGAGAAAAGGAAUCUGAAAGUAAAGCGAAAGAAGUAAUCAAAAAGGUUCCUGGUGCUGUCCACCUUGGUAGAAGAGUUGAUUAUUUAUUCAGCUUACUUAAGGAAACAGAUGAAUCGCCUGCCACUUCUCUGACCAAUAACCACACCCACCCUGGUGCUACUUCCAAAGGUGGAUUACUCAAGAAGAAGAUUAGAAAAUCCAAGACUGAAAGCCCACAAGCUGCAGGUAAACCAAAGCAAACCAGAGAAGGAGCCAUUAGAAAACAACCAUCGAAGCUUAAAAAGCAAAUCACGCCCUCACCAUCUAACCCAACACCCGGGUCUCCUAAAAUGGAUAAACAGGAAGUCAAUGAUCUUGAGUACGAUAGUAUGGAUGAGUUCGAAUGUAAAUCUACUUUAAAACCAAUUUCUAAGUCGUUGAUGAGACUACACAAGGGUAAUAAAGGCUUGGAAAAGAGUGCUUGGGCUCAUAUUCUUAAAAGCGAACUCUUGACAAUUGGAGACUUCAUCGAGGGGACAAGUAGCCACCAGAGCUCCAUACAAUUGGACAAAAAAAAGAAACAUUUGUGGUCGUAUGCCAGUAUCUAUUGGCCCGCAAAAGUACCUAGUCGUAAGAUUAAUGAAAUGUAUAAUAGGGUGAAGAGCCAAAUCAAGGAGAAGAAGGAAAUUAAGGAAGAGACAGUUAAAAAAGAAUGA